GUAUACUGCAAGUUCCCAAGCAACUCAAAUUUGCAAACACAGCUAUGGAUACAAUAUUUGCUUUACAGUAGUUACCUGGGAAUCUAGGUCUCUGUUUUUUUGUUAUUUUCCCCUCCCCUCCAUUUCUUGAUCAUAUAUAACUAGCAACACUUAUGGUUAGAAGUUGAUUUACAAGUUUCUAAGUCUGUGGCUGAUGGUUUGUAGCCUCUAGUUUGAAGCAAGAAAAGAAUGAGUAGUCAGGAACUAGUCACUUUGAAUGUGGGAGGGAAGAUAUUCACAACAAGAUUUUCUACCAUAAAGCAGUUUCCUGCCUCUCGGUUGACAAGAAUGAUAGAUGGCAGAGACCAAGAAUUCAAGAUGGUUGGUGGCCAGAUUUUUGUGGACAGAGAUGGUGUUUUAUUUGGUUUCAUCUUAGAUUUUUUGAGAACUCACCAGCUUUUAUUACCCACUGACUUUUCAGACUACCAUAGGCUUCAGAGAGAGGCUCUUUUCUAUGAACUGGAUCCUCUGAUUGAUCUCUUAAACCAAGAACACUUGCUACAGCCAAGACCUGCUUUUUUGGAGGUGCAUUUCCUAAGCCGAAACACUCAAGCUUUUUUCAGGGUAUUUGGCUCUUGCAGCAAAACAAUUGAGAUGCUAACUGGGAGGAUUACAGUGUUUAUAGAGCAACCUUCAGCAAUGACCUGGAGUAGUAACUCUUUCCCUCCUCAGAUGACUUUACUUCCACUGCCUCCACAAAGACCUUCUUACCAUGACCUGGUUUUCCAGUGUGGCUCUGACAGCACUACCGAUAACCAAACUGGAGUCAGGUAUGUUUCUAUAAAACCUGAUGAUCGAAAAUUGGCCAAUGGAACUAACGUCCUCGGCUUACUAAUCGACACUUUAUUAAUGGAAGGCUUCCAUCUAGUCAGUGCUAGAACAUUAUCUUCUGAAGACAAAACUGAAUGCUAUAGCUUUGAAAGGAUAAAAAGGCCUGAAGCUUUCACCAUGAACAAAACACUGAAACCAGAGACUACCAUCAUAUCAGAGCAAUCUCAGAAAAAAAAGAUAUGUGAAAAUAAAAGGAAAUAACGUAUUCAACACAUCUCCUGGUACCUGGUAGGCACCAAGUCACUGUUGGUGAUGGUGAUGGUGAU